CAACGUCAAAUCUCAGCAACCAUACUCCUGUGUGUUCCCCUUUCUCGAUUCAAUCCUCCUUGAGCCCCACACCCUCUGACAACACAAUAAAAAAACACCCUCUCCCCACAUACAUACACACUACACCCAACCCAAGUGAAUCCAAGCGCAGGGACUAUAUACGUGUUGCGACAAGUCAAAACUCUUCUGUACGGAAGCUUCAAGGAAUUCUCUUCCCGAUUACUCCUAAUGAGUGCGAACGAGAUGGCAUACUACUCUGCGUAAAGGAGACAGAGCAAAGAGGAAAGAGCGCAAGUGGACGCUGAUUGUAUGAGAGUGGAACAGAGAGAGCUUGCUGUUUUAUUCCGUGUAGCGGCAUGUAGCGUUCGCUCUCGCCUGUGUGUAUCGCAAUGUGCGUGGUCGGUUUAAGUCCAUACAACAAAAAGGAGCUCUUCGAUACGGUGGCUUGUGAAGGUGUGUGCGGCUAUACACGACGAGCCGGGCGCGCUCGGUAAAGUUGUUGGUGUUGGUAAAUGCGGGUCGUCGUGCCUGUGGAGGGGGUGCACAGAUCCCUGCGAAGGAGACGCACAGCACACAACGAAUCGAAGCAAGCGUGUGUGGGGUGAUGCGAACGCAGUGGAGGGAAUUGAGCGGGCGGCGCGCGUGGAGAGAAGUCGGAUAGCUAAAAUUAACACACACCCCUAUUCAUUCGAACGUGCGACGCGGACUCGGCAACACACUCGCUACGGCACGGUACAUCAGAUCCGUGUGUGCCUCUCUUGAGAGUGGAGGCUAGCCGACAAAAAAAAAACAGGGAAAGAAAAUCAAACAAUCUGUGUAGCAGAGCUCUGGCCGUUACAGGACAUACAACAGCGUGUCGAGCCGAACUGUCAUCACCAUCGGAAGAGAUAACCGUUUCAUUUUUUUCGUCGUCCAUCGUAGUCGCCUGUUUGGUGCAAAAUAUCAAAGCCUUUCAGUGUGUGUCACGAAGCAGCAGGUCCGUUUUAAUUCCGUGCUGGAUUCUCGCCUAUCGAUAUCGCAUCCACACGGGUACAGUUUUUGUACGCGCGAGCAGUUGCUAUCGGACCGGUAUGAUAAUAGUAGUGAAAUAGUGCGAUAAGAAACCAUCGACCCGAUAAUACUGAAAAAAUCUCCUGGUACGCGAAACACCGUCGAAGUGCGGGCUCUGCCCUGGAGCAACGUGGAAAAGAUUCUAGUUAGAUGAAGAAAAGAAAAAUAUCUAUCUAAGGUGAUCUAUACUGCCAGUCGGAAGGUAAUCUCAAAUCAAUCGAAAAAGAAAACACAUUUUCCUGUCUGGGUUAGUGGACACCAGGUUAAGCAGCACAUUUUUUUCACGGUUUUGCAACGACAGAACGUGCAUUCCUAGAACCCGACGUUGAAGCGAGAGAGAGAUCCUCCCGUUGUUGGGUGCGGUUUACUAUUCUCGAUCGUAUGUGUUUGUGUGAGAUUGUGCGUGAAUUGUACUGCUGUCAGUGGGUGCCUUCGUGGCGAUGUGUAUAGUGUGUGAUUUACUGGUUUCGGUAGGCUGAGGUUUUUUAUUUCUCGCUUAGCUCCUGUUUGCUAAAACUUAAACGAUUACACCCCGCAUUUCCUGUCUACUGCUUUUCGCGAUCAUGAUGGAUAUGACAUAAAGUGACGUCAUCAUACAGUUAAAAAAACAAGGGUUUGAUGAUUGUCAAAUUCCGACACACUUCAUUCAUACGCAAUUAGCACAGUCAUCAGUUGGACUGGCUGCUCUGUUGUGUGAAGAGGAGUCGCCAUGUUGUCCGAAAAUCCUCCGUUUCGUAGUGAAUGUUCCGUCCUGUUCGUGUCUGUUGGCGUUGAAAGAGAGCUUUCAUUGUGAAACGUGAAACUGAUUGAGAAAAACGGGUUGUCAGUUGCAGCGAAUGAAAAAAAAAUUCUAAGUAACGCGUGCUGCGAUGCGGAUGUGUGCGUGUGCCUUAUGAGAAAAAAAGUCGAAUGUGGUGUUUGCGGUGCUGCACAGAGUGCAAAUUCUUUCACCGAUAGCUGUAGUUCUAAACGAUGACGUACACGAUACCCUGUGGUGCCCGCUUGAUAUAGUGAAAAAAUAAUAAGAAAAAGUACAGCGGAUCCCCAGCCCAAGAAAAAGUUUACGGUUGAUAAAGUGAGGAAAAGGAGCAAAAAGUGGCCAAAUUUUGGCGCGCUGAUUAUACGUGCGAAAUUCAUUUAAAAGUCUGUCGAGUGUGUGUGAAUAAAACGAAAAAAGAAGGCGAAAUAGUGCUACACUGUGGUUGCAAGAAAAAGAAAAACCUCUUUCUUUAUUUCACACCCCAAAACCGCACAGGCACACUUGUGGGUAGUGUGGCGAGUGUACUGUGAAAGAAGUGUAGAGAAGCACAAUUAAUUGUUAAGUGGAUGUGUGUGUGUCUGCACGUCGGUGAUGUGUGUAGCAGCAGCAGCAGUUUGAAGUUUCGAAAGGAAAAAUCACUGCAACAAACGAUUUGCAUCCAUUUGACAGCAGCGUGUACAAGAAAAACUGCUUACGGCGUCGAAGCAAUCGGCGGCUUGUGUUGGAAACGGACUGCCGAAUGGGCUUCGCUGCCAACCAAGGAAUAUCACUGAAAGAAAAAAGCGUCCUCUAUCGGUGUUAGAAAAAUAGCAACCAAAACAUCAAUGCGAACAGGAAAGACUGAAUCACCCUAAGUUCAAGUUGGCUGGUCCACAAUACAGCGUAAAGCGAUAAUAGCUUUUAUCUUGCCUUCUAAACGUCCCGGAAAGAUAACGAAGGACAACGGACAACCCAUCAACAACCAACACGAGUGCGGCAACGAUAAGAGAAGUCGCUGUGUAUGUCUGCGGGCCUGAGUAGUGUGUGUAUGUUCGCUUAACGAAGGGAACAAGUUACCACAAAACCGUACACAGCCGCCUAUAAUAGAGGAAACAGCAUUGCUCUUGGCAGAGGCAGUAUUAGGAAGAGGAAUAGAAGAAAAAACAAAUCAAAACAAUAAAAAUGUCAUCCCAAAGAUUUUGCCUUCGGUGGAACAACCACCAGACAAACUUGCUCGCAGUGUUCGAUCAGCUUUUGCAUGAUGAAACAUUCAUUGAUGUGACACUGGCUGUUGAAGGUCAGCACCUGAAGGCACAUAAGAUGGUGCUGUCCGCAUGUAGUCCUUACUUCCAGCAGCUGUUUGUGAGUCACCCUGAGAAGCACCCCAUCGUGAUCUUGCGCGAUGUCCCGUUUAAGGACAUGAAAUGUUUGCUAGACUUUAUGUACCGUGGUGAGGUGUCUGUCGAUCAGGAUCGACUUGCCGCCUUUCUACGCGUGGCCGAAAGUCUCCGGAUAAAGGGUCUCACGGAAGUAAGCGAUGAUAAACCGAAUGCUCCUACUGGGACCACGACAACAACCUCGACAGCACCUUCGUCCGCUUCCGGUGCGGUACAAACUUCUGGUGCUGUUGCCACCAAUAAAGUUUCCAGUGCGACAGCACAGAAGACCACCACCGGCGAGAGUAUAACGCACGUGGAAGAUGACGAUGAAGACCGAUCCUCGCCAGCAUCCAACAGUAUUUCGGUGGCAUCGAGCGUCGUAACCCCAUCUGGUCAGGUGCAAACGGGGUCCGGCCAUCUGAAGCAACUUCCUCCCCUGCUCUCAUCUACCGGUAUUGUAACGCGUAGCCACAGCAACAGUUUGCUGCAGCAACACCAUCAGGGUGGUAGUAACGCGAUGCAAACGAAUCCACUGCUCGGUACAGCCCUCUCGCAACAGAAGCGCAAACGAGGCCGUCCACGAAAGCUGUCGGGAAGCGAUGCGGGUGAAGGUGAAACCGAAGGUGGAAAUUUCAUUGGCGGUGGUGCUGGUGAAGAAUACGACAGCAGUUCGAUGGAUAUCAUGGACGUGAAGAUUGCCAGCAGUGGUGCUUCCAACUCGGGCGAUGAUGAUCAGCAGCUGCGUAUUGUGAGCAGCCGUACGGAGGAUUGCGACACGCCAAUGCACGAAAAAUCGGAACAAAUGGACGAGGAUGAUGACGAAGAAAUGGACGACGAGGCCGAUGAACUGGUUGAUGACGACGAGUUGGAAACAGGCACUGGUGACGAUCCUCGCGGAACCACACCAUCGCUGGACGAAUCGAUGGAAGUGACUACCGGCAGUACGAACAAUGCAGCAAACAAUGCUAACUCGAAUCGCUCCGGCAGACAGCAUCAGCGGCACGGUGGCAAUAGUAGUGCACAGGCCAAACCAUCGCGAGCAUCCAAACGAAGUAGAACGACGACGAGCAGCAAUCUGCGGAACAGCGAAAACAGCAACAUGUCCGAUUCAAAAGAUUCUUUUGUGGAUGAUGAAAAAUGCAACAAGAUGGAUGAAACGGGCGGCGAAGAAGACGACGAUAUUGAGGACGAUCAGUAUGAGGAGCGGGAGCUGAACUCAAGCCUAAUGGAGCCACAGCUAUUGUUGGAUGAGUACGAUGAACCGGUUGAGUUUAAAUUCGAUCCCCGUACGGACAGUGGAGCAGUCGAUACAACCAUGAAUAGCAACAGCUACCUUCCGCCCUUGCAACCGAAACCAGGUCUAAAGUUGGCCGGAACAAGCACCACUCGUAUGCCACAGAUCUCGGUUGUACCGACGAAGGCUUUGCAAUUGCCGAAACUAGCACCGCUAACGACAUCCGCGGGCAGCUUUCUCGGCGGAUCAAACAACAAAUCCACGGUGAAGCUGCACAAACGGACACGACUGCUGGCACCAAAGAAACCGAACGGCAUGACCACCACGCAAACGAUCCUCAACAAUCUGAACAACAAUCUGAACGAAAAUUUGAUCUCAACCACGAACGCUAGCGGUGGCGGAUCUUCGCUGUGCCUGUCGGGCAUCGGGUCCGAGGUGUACGAUAUGUUUUCGAGCAGUGUGCUCCGUUCGUCGAGCCCGCGGUCCAACUCGAAUUCACCAUCCGUAAAGGGCGGUGGCAGCAGUGGGAACGAUAGCGGUUCACGAACGCACAAGUACGCCGUGAUUGACGAUACCGAGGGCAGUGUGCGUGAUUUCUGUACCAAAGAGGGUGACCACGUGUACCGGUGCAAGGUGUGUGCCCGUGUGUACACGCACAUUAGCAACUUCUGCCGGCAUUAUGUGACCUCCCACAAGCGUAACGUAAAGGUGUAUCCGUGCCCAUUCUGUCUGAAAGAGUUCACGCGCAAGGACAAUAUGACGGCGCACGUGAAGAUCAUCCAUAAGCAGGAGUACGCCCAACAACAGACGACGGGAAUUGGACCCGGGGGCACGUCACCAGCCAGCGGCGGUGGAAGCAAUUCGCGCGGUGAGGAAUCCUUUAGCGCAACGCUGCUCGGCGGAAGGAACGAGUCGACGAACGGUGGUGGGGGAAGCUCCGUGACAACUGCUUCGAUCAUCAAUGCGGUUGGACUGCAGCCGAAGCUGGGCUCGAACAGUAGUGGCAGUAGUAGCGGCGGUAUUCGCAUCGUGUAUCCCUUUCCCGGGAGUGGUCAAGCCUCGCCGGCGGCUGCAACCACAACAGGAACAGCCGGCAGUGGCACGGUCGGGACGAUUAGCAUUAAGAAAGAGUUUCAAGAAAAAUCUUCGUCCUCAUCGGGUGCCAACUCACCGACCGGUUCGGUCUCAUCCAGCUCCAGCGGGCUCGCUGCCCAACCGGCAACUGCGACUGUCAGCCAGUAGAAGGCUCCGGAAGGGUUAAAUGCAUCGGCGGGUGGUAUCUGCUCAUCCGGUAAGAAAGCGACUUGUUUUCGAAACGACCAACCACAGAUAGAGGCUAGUAAUAUCUUAGGGGAAAGCCAAUAGAACAGCACACACACGCGCAUACAUUAACAUUUGCUUCCAUCGUACGCAACUACAAAAAGUGAAAAUAUUUCUAUCCCUUCCGCUUUGCGCAUUAGCGAACGGAACAUACCAAGUACGACCGGUAGGCUAGCAUACAAAAGCUAGGAAAAUCAUUCCUUCAAAAGGGUAUUUUGUAGUUUUUAGUGGAAUCGUCUAAAGUAUCACCACAAUAAGCAUAACACACUAGAAAUCGUCGGAUGAGAUGAGUAUGUUAGAUGGACGGACCUUUGUACUGGUUUUUUAAAUGAUUGUUUUGUUUUAACUUGUAAGUGUGAAACUGUUUAAUGUUUUAUGUUAAGUAACAACCCUUAUUGCAAACGUUAAAGCAUUGAAAAAGUGGUGUAGAUCGGCGAGUCUGUGUGUGUGGGUGUGAGAUAGCGGAAAAUAUUGGCCAACAAAUUUUCCUUAUACCUGUAUUUAAUCUUACCAAAAGAUAGGCACCCAAGAGGUCGCUACAACGGCAACUUUGUUAGAUUAUCCGUAGGUUUGUUUAGUGUAUCUACACGCGUGCGUAUAUUUAAUUGUAUUGGUAUUUAAUUAUUUGUAAUAUUUUCGUUUAGCAACGCAUAUUUUGAAUCUGUUUAUAUGUAACCCAAUGAGCGUAGGAGGAGAGGCAACUCUCAAAACUCCUUCCGGGACAUCAUAAUACAGUUUGAAAAACAACAAUUGCUUCACAAAUGUCUUCCCCCCUAAGAACAAGCGAUACAACCGGUAAUAACGGGCCGAAUAGAACGGUGCUGCUGUUGAUAAUAACCAAUCGAUCGCACAUUAAGAAUAUCGUUCCAUUUUCAUCUCGCAGAGUAUAACACCCUGAAAUGAAUUUAUGAACGAUCGGUUACUACAUUGCCAUGGGUGUGUAAGUGUGCGCAUGAUUACGGCUACCAUCCGUAAGGCAACUCCAUUUAAAUAAUUUGCAUUGUAGAAAGAUGAAUGAAUUAGCUAACUUUUUUCUAAAUGGAAAAUGGACACACGAAACGAACAAAGAAACUGUAGAAAGAAGCGAAAUGUUCUAAACGAAUUUUAUGCAUUAUAUUAUUAUUUACUCGCCAGAUUGUUAUCGGUGUUGUCUGCGUUCAAGCGCAGAAUCAUUUCGUAGAAUGAUUCGGUUUGUUUCCUUGAUUUGUUAUUUAUUUUUAGAAAUUCUUUACUUUUUUGUUCUAAAUUAAUACAUAUUGUUGUGGAGCUAUACCCACCGAAAAGCUAAGAUUUAGACAAUAUGACAACGCGUUUAGUGGUUCACUUGAAGUAUUGCAAAUAUUGAAUCCUACGUUUUGUCCAAUGUCGUACAGUCAGGCGGCUGGGUGGUGUUUGUGCGAAACAUUUUUUUUUUGGUUUUUGUCUGGUGUGUUACCAUGUGACGUUAUUGAAUUAUUAUUUUCUGUUUAUCAUACAUUCAGUCUUUGUUACGUUGGUCUCAGCUUGGUUUGUAUUAUUUUUAUGUUAUUUAAAUGUAUCGCACCUCAAGACAAGACAUAAAUAUAAACCGCCGAUACAGAUGUAGGUAUGUAAGAAGGGCAUUAACUACACAAAUCUCGUCAUGUAACGAAGCGUAACUUUCCGUUUGUCCGAGAUGCAGGAUCACAUCCUACAUGCUUCUGUGAUGAUGUUCCCUUUCGCAUUAGAGUUUGUUAGUUGUAAUAGUAACAUGAAAUAAUUUUUGUUAAUGACCUUCACACUCUCAAUCGUAUCAAUCGUACUUCCCUUACUUACCAAUGUAAUGUUCUCGAUACACAUAUGUUCGUUAUGGUCUUAUCAACAUAGCAUUUUUACGUUUAGAAAAAGUGGAUUUUUGUAACUCGAAUUGAUUGUUUUCUGUGCGUGAAAGAUGAAAAACAAUUGAGAGAUAACAGUUAAAAGAGCGCUCUCCUGCUGUGCUCUAUCUUGCUGUGCAGGAAUGGCAUAGAGGGUGGAAAUUAAGGAUAGAUAAACUUUAAAGCUGCAUUGGAUGUUUUUUUUCAUGGACGAGUUGCACAGUUUUAAUAGAUGUAUAAAAUGAAAAAGGCUGAGAUAGUAAUGUUUAGUGCGUGUUUGUUAUAGCCACCACCAAGAGCCACCUCUUCCCGCUCGUCUAUCACCACACCCACACAUACGUACACGUAAAUCAAUUCCCGAUAGUUAAUUAACAGUUAAGUAAAAUCCGUUUGGCAAAAAAAAAUGUUAACACAUAACUGAAAAGAGAGACUAAUAUGUUUGCUAUCUGAAAAUAAAUGUAGAUAGAAGGGGGUAAGGGUGUAUUAAGGGGAGGGUCAAUGUUUAGCAUAGUAAUUAGUGUGAGUAGUAUUUAUAUAUCAAAACAGCAAACUUAUAAUCUAAUCUAUCUAGCGUUAAGAAUCAGCACCAGAGUUGAACUAUUUUUGUAUGCAGUGUUAGAUGAACAUAUACGUUUAUGUUUUAAAUGUUUGUUCGGGACAAACAUCUGAUAAACACUACUUGCCGGAACGGUGGGCGAUGUAUCUCAUGCGACGAUGGAAGCUAGACAGAUAGAAGAGAGGGGAAAAAUGUUGAAAGGGACGUGCGUGCAUUUUACGUGUUUAAUAUAACUAUCGUUUUUAGUGGGCAUGUUAUGAAAUAAUGGUAUAGGUAGUAGGCAAAAAUUAAAUAAAAUGUGCAACUCUCCCGAGACACUACCAUGUAUAAUACAUCCUUCUAUAUUAAACCAACAGAGUGAAGAGAUAAAAACACUAGCAACACAUUGCAAUAAAUGUUCUAGUUUGUGUACGAGUACCGUAUGCUCGCACCAUUGUUUUAAAGUAAAAACAACGUAUUCAUAAUACUGAUCGCAAGCUAAUCUCUAACUAGUAAAGACACGUGCGCACUAAUAGUUUUUUCUUCUUCUCAAAACAGCGCACACUCUGAACAGGAGCUUCACAUAGAAUGAACCUUUAUAAGCGUAAAACACUUGUUUAAACUUAUUCCCUUACUCCGUGAUGCACCGAUGCAAUUUCCAUCGCAAGAAAACACACAAACCUAAUAGUUAGUGCAAUUUUAAUGUGUUAAGUACUUUAUUUAGCCUAUGUAGAUGGCACCGAGAACACUAAAAGAAAAGCGAUAGUAGGAGUGAAAAUACAGUGAUACACCAUCACUUAUCUGCCAAGUUGUUGUACAUAGAACGAUGAUGCCGACGGUGGAAGUAAAAGUAAAGGGAAGUGAGUGGGUGUGUGAAACAGAUUUUAAAACUUUGGCACGAAACAAGAUAAGCUUCAACUUUUACUUCAAAAAAGUAAUAAAUUAAAGGAAAGAUAAGCAAACAAGCAUUUACACUAAAUUGUAGUUAACGUAUCUCGAUCACCGUUUUACUCUGGGUACUGUAAAGUCUGCAUCGUAGCGAGAGGCAAUCAAUAUUCCUGAAUGGGGCGACAUUUAAAGGCAUAAGGAUGAUAAUGUGGGUCGUGUUAGUUUUAGCCAAACUGGAUAGCAUUACGAAGAAAACAAUCACCAAAUAAGAUUAAAUAAACGACACAAACGCGCACACACAUAUAAAAAGUAUUUUUAAAUUGUUUUCUGUUUUACUUUCCUUUUGCGAGAACUUUUAACUCCAUCACGUACGGUUUUUCUUUAUUUUGUUUCACCACGAGUCCUGUUGCAGGUAGCGCUCACAUGUAAAUCAGAAACGAAAGAAUGGCAUUUUCAAAUUAACGAAUUUGAUAGGAUUUGCAGAAGGCAAUUAUAGCAGGAUCGACGUGUUAACCAACUGCAACGAUGCAUAAGUAAAAUUUAGUUUUUUAAUUUGAAAUUUAAUUUGUGAGCAUGUUUUUUUUACGUUAUAGAGCACAAUGAAAACACUGGAAAAUAUAUUUAAACAAUUGCUGUAAGUUGGAAAUAACCGACACGUAAAACACAUAAUAAACAUUGAUAUGAAAUUGAAA